AUGUUUCCUAAAUUCUUGCUCCAGCCAUCUUUCUUCCGAACCAAACAGCGAAGCGUGAGGUCCAGAGUGCCAUCUUCGGAAGAAGGAUCCGGACAAUUUCUGAAGCCAAGUGACGCCGGUUAUCUGGAGGGCCAUGUUUCAUGCAUCCGCUGUUCACACUGUGCAGCAGAUAUAUGCCUGACGUCGCAGAUAAUCAGCAAAGGAUUCACCGGUCGCUAUGGCCGUGCCUAUCUUGUGUCCGGCGAGCCUGCGCUCGCUAGAGGACCUUCACCAACCGAUACACUUCUAAAUACGAUGAUACAGCAGCCCGUGCCGCGGAGACUGGUCACUGGUGCGCACACAGUAGGCGACAUCAACUGUUCCAUUUGCGGAAAUGUGCUCGGCUGGAAAUAUAUAGCUGCUGAAGAAGAGUCGCAACGUUACAAGGUCGGCAAGUUCAUUUUGGAGACCGAAAGGGUUAUGACAUCUUCUUUUUGGGAAUCGCCCGCCUUUGUUGAAACAGCAUUACUCCCGGCGUAUACCAGCUCUACCGAGGUUGGACAUGACCAACCUUCGAACAGUAUAGAAUUUGAUAGCCAGAACGAAGAUGAAUGCGAGGACUUAUUCUCUGGAAUCUGGUCCCCUGGGUUGGCUGUACGCCGAAGAAAUCGCAAACUGCCCGAACGCCGGUCUUCUCUAUUCGGAAUCACAGCUCUAUGA